UCGAGGAGUGUCUGUAAGCGCGUUUCCUACCACCACAGUGACCGCUGGGGGUCUCCCUCCAGACAGAGUCAGAGACCGUGGCAAGACUUUAACGCAUUUAUUGUUGCAUCUACAUGGAUUUUUUUUUUUUUUUUUUUUUUUUUUUUUUACGAGAAUGACUCCAUGCCGCCCUGUGCAGCCACCCUUCACGUAAAACUACCCCCUUGUCAGUAGUUGUUUAGGCGCGUCGCGACGAGCUUUCACAAAUCCAGUCCCAUCGCGUCCGACGGGAGUCUUGCUUUGGAUCCGUGAGAGUUUGAGGUUUUCAAGCAGCCGGUGAGCAGGCGCCUGAGCAGUCAUUUACAUUAUGACUUCGGAUCAAGAAACCAACAGACAAUGUCUCAAAAAGCUUCUGGAGAAACAUGGGAAUGGAAACUGUGCCGACUGCGGAGCUGCAGAUCCAGAGUGGGCAUCCUACACGCUGGGUGUGUUUGUGUGCCAGAGCUGCUCGGGCCUCCAUAGAAACAUUGUUAAGAUCAGCAAGGUGAAAUCCAUCCAGCUGGAUCCCUGGAGCUCCUCUGAGGUGGAGUUUAUGGCCUCUGUGGGAAACAACGCUGCCAAAGACAAAUAUGAACAGUUAGUUCCUGCCUUCUACUACCGUCCCACACACACUGACUGCAUGCUCUUGCGGGAACAAUGGAUCCGAGCCAAGUAUGAGAGGAAGGAGUUUAUCUAUGUGGAGAAGCAGGAGCCCUACUCGGCGGGCUACAGAGAAGGGUUUCUGUGGAAACGAGGCAGAGACAAUGGACAGUACCUCAGCAGAAAAUUUAUCCUUUCUGAACGGGAAGGCGUUUUGAAGUACUUCAACAAACAUGAUGCCAGAGAGCCUAAAGCAUUAAUGAAGAUAAAUACUGUGAACGCCACUUUCCAGCCAACAAAAAUUGGCACUCCCCACGGUCUUCAGAUUACCUACCUGAAGGACAACAGCACGAGGAAUAUCUUUGUUUACCAUGAGGAUGGAAAGGAAAUAGUGGACUGGUUCAAUGCCAUCAGAGCAGCCAGGCUUCACUACCUGCAGGUGGCUUUUCCUGGAAAUCCCAACUCUGGUUUGUUGACAAAGCUAACCAGGAACUACAUCAAGGAGGGUUACAUGGAGAAGACUGGUCCAAAGCACACGGAGGGCUUCAAGAAGAGAUGGUUCACGAUGGAUGACAGGAGGCUCAUGUACUUCAAAGAUCCACUGGAUGCAUAUGCACGAGGCGAGGUCUUCAUCGGGAGUAAGGAAAACAACUACGUUGUGCUUCCAGGUCUUCCCCCGAACAUUCAGGGCUACCACUGGCAGUUUGGAAUUACUAUAGUGACCCCGGAAAGGAAAUUUCUUUUCACGUGCGAGAAUGCAGCGGAUCAGCAAGACUGGAUGUCUGCAUUUCACACUGUUAUCAACAGACCAAUGAUACCUCAGGAGUAUGCAGUGGAGGCUUAUUUCAAGCACAAACCAUGACUGUCUGCAGAGCUGUUGGUGUGGCUUAAGGAACAGCAGAGGAAAAGGAAUUGAGAUGUCAUAAUGGAAGA